GAGCUGUAAAACCACUCCAACCAAAUUUCCCACUUUUCUAAGCCAUUUGAAAUUCCCAGAUAUGGCUAGCACCCCACUGAGGCGAGCUCCUGCGAUGCAAGAUGUGAUUGGGAGGGACAGAAGAGGAUCCAUGCAAUCUGAUGAUACUGCAUUGGUGAGGCAAAUUCGGGAGACUCAUACUCCUGGGCGCUCCCACAUCGUCGAUGUGAAGCCAAUUCUCCAUGUCAUUGAUGACAUAUUUCAUCGGUCUACAGUUGGCACUGAUGGCGGCAUUCUACUUGGUACCCAUGUAGAUUCACAGGAGGAUAGGACCUAUUCGCUGAGUUAUGAUGUCUUGCUCCAAGGAUUGUCUUAUCUGAUACAAAAGAUAUAUAUCGAGAUAAGUUGCCAAAGCUUAGCUGGUGCUGAUGUGCAUACAAGUACAAUGGAGUUACUGAGGUCCCUUUCGAACUAUUCAUGGGAAGCAAAAGUGGUGCUAACCCUCGCCGCCUUUGCUGUGUACUAUGGAGAAUUCUGGCUUGUGGUUCAGCUUUGUACUACAGACCCACUAGCCAAGCCUGUGGCCAUCCUGAAGCAACUGUCAGACAUAAUAGAGCAUGCAGCCUCGAUAAAACCUCAGCUCGAGGCCAUUGACAACCUCAUCAAGGCAAUCACCAAAGUUACGAAGCUCAUUGUAGACUAUAGCGAUAUGGUCAAGCUGCAGUCUCAGUACAUUUCUGAAGACACACCACCACUGUCAAUUGCCACGGCACAUAUUCCUGCUGCUGCCUAUUGGGCCAUUCGAGCCAUACUGGCUUGUGCCACACAUAUUGCUAUUCUAACAGGCGGCAGAUAUGAGUACGUCGCAUCAACCACAGAGGUAUGGGAACUAUCAAGUCUGGCCCAUAAGUUGAACAAUAUACAUGAGCAUCUCACCACUGAACUUGAGAACUGCCGUCGAUAUAUUGUGGAGAGGAGAUAUGAUGAAGAUUACAAGAAUCUGAUACACCUUUUCCGAAGCCUCCACCUCGACAACAUGAAGAACUUACGGGCACUAAUUUCCCACAAGGAUGAUAUUCAACCUCUAGUAAUUGGGAGAAGCAAAGUGAGGUCCAGUCUUGAAGUACUAAGGAGAAAGCAUGUGUUACUACUAAUAACUGAUCUUAGUCUGAGUUAUGAAGAGAUUUUGAUUCUUGAACACAUCCACAACGAUCAGCAACAUAGGGCAGAAGUUGAGUAUGAAUUUGUUUGGCUCCCCAUCGUGGACGCGGCUGUUUGGGAUGAAGCAAAACGAGACAGAUUCGAAGAUUUGAAGUCAAGGAUGCCGUGGUAUGCUGUGCACGACCCUUUGAUUAUUGAACCCCCAGUGAUCAAGUUCAUCAGAGACUACUGGCAUUUUGAUAAGAAGAUGAUCAUAGUGUCAUUGGAUCCACAAGGAAUGGUGUCCUCCGAAAAUGCCUACCACAUGCUGUGGAUUUGGGGCAAUGUGGCUUUCCCAUUCUCUGAUGAGAGAGAGACAGCACUUUGGAAUGCAGAAAGUUGGAGACUCGAGCUCGUUGUUGAUGCCAUUGAUCCAGAAAUAUUAAAAUGGAUAGACGCAGGGAAAUACAUAUGCUUGUUUGGAAGUGAUGACAUCGAGUGGAUUAAGAGAUUCACUCUGAGAGCAAAAGAUGUGGCAAUACGUGCAGGUAUUCCCUUGGAAUUGGUUUAUGCAGGAAGAAGCACGGCCACCAAAGAGAAACUCCGGAAACUCAACAGAACCAUUGAUGCUGAGAAUCUCAGUCGCACCUGGUCUGAUUAUACAUCCACCUGGUUCUUUUGGUCUCGACUUGACAGCAUGAGGUGCUCAAAGGCUAAGCACCACAAGACUGUAGACGAUGAUCCUAUACUGAGAGAGGUCAUGACUCUACUUAGCUAUGAUGGAAGUGACCAAGGUUGGGUUAUGGUGUGGAGGGGCUCAGCUGAGACUGUUAGAGCUAAUGGACACCUGACUAGCAGCACGCUUGAUGACUUUGAGAAAUGGAAAAGUGCGGCUGCUGAUUUAGGCUUUGUGCCUGAACUCAGAAAUCAGCUCAAACAGCGCCACCAACCAAUUCAUUGUACUCGUUUGAUCAUUCCUGGAUUCGGUCCGGACAUUCCAGACAGAGUGGUGUGUACCGAGUGUGGUCGUGAGAUGGAGAAGUUCUUCAUGUUCCGCUGCUGCACCGAUUGAUGUGUAGUUGUCAUCUGCUGCAGUUUCAUUGUGACAAACCAUCUUGGACCUUUUAUGCUACUACUUAUGUUGGGAGACUCCCCAGUUGUGCAGUGGUGCUACUUCCCUAAGAGCUAAACCAUCUGUUGUUUGUUAUAUGUAUUAACAAUAAACUUGUUUGUGUCAAUUACUUGUGAACUGGCUAGGACUCUUGAGCACAGUUGUGGCUGUUGAGUCUAGGCUAGCUGUUUGGGUUGCUAUAAGAAUAGUUGAAAACUUGAAAUAAUAGUGCUUGAAAGGCUUCUUCAGUACUAAAA